AUCUGCCAGUAAUGCAGCUAGUGAAGGGGGCGGAGCCACAGCAGCUAAGCAGCCAGAGCAGGGGAACACCAGCGAGAUGGCCAAUGAGGAGGAGGAAGAUGCCGGAAUCUGGCAGAGGAGGCGGAGUCUGCAAGCAUCAGGGAACGCAUCACAGGCUGAAGGGGUGGAAUUAACCAAUGAAGUGAGAAGGGCAGCUGACGCAGCACAGGCUGCCACAGUAACAGAUGAAGAGACAGGAGCCAGUGCUCAAGUGAACGGCCAUCAGCCGAUGCAGUCUCUUCCUUCAGUCCGUCACGACAUCAGCCGCUAUCAGAGAGUAGACGAGCCUCUUCCACCAAACUGGGAAGCUCGUAUAGACAGUCACGGCAGGAUUUUCUAUGUGGAUCAUGUGAACAGAACCACCACCUGGCAGCGGCCCACUGCUCCAGCUGCACCUCAGGUCCUACAGAGAUCCAACUCCAUUCAGCAGAUGGAGCAGCUCAACCGAAGGUAUCAGAGUAUUCGGAGGACAAUAACCAAUGAGAGGACAGACGAACAGGCUGCAGAGAUGCCUACAGACGAAAACGACCUGCUGCAUCCCUCCAUUCCUGAGUACCGUCGGGACGGCGUGGUUGGGCCCGCUAGCUCUCGCUCGCGCUUGUCUCUGCUGCUUCAGUCCCCCAGCGCCAAGUUUCUCACCAGCCCGGAUUUCUUCACCGUACUGCAUUCCAACCCUAGUGCCUACCGCAUGUUUACAAGUAACACGUGUCUAAAACACAUGAUCAGUAAAGUGCGACGGGACUCGCACCACUUUGAGCGCUACCAGCACAAUCGAGACCUGGUUGCCUUCCUCAACAUGUUCGCCAACAAACAGCUGGAUCUCCCGCGGGGCUGGGAAAUGAAACACGACCACACGGGAAAGCCUUUCUUCGUGGACCAUAACUGCAGGGCGACCAGCUUCACAGACCCACGACUGCCCCUGCAGAGCCCUCGACCCAGCAGCCUCCUCGCCCACCGCCAGCACCUCAGCCGCCAACGCAGCCACAGCGCAGGGGAGGUGAGCACACGACGCCUGGUGGGCGAUGACCCUCGGCAUGCUGGACCCGCUGUACUGCCACGCCCCUCAAACACCUUCACAGCCAAUCGCAACCAGUGUCAAGAUUUAGUUCCUGUUGCCUAUAAUGAGAAAAUCGUGGCAUUUUUGCGGCAGCCGAACAUAUUUGAGAUCCUUCAGGAGAGGCAGCCUGAGCUCAUUAGGAAUCACUCACUCAGGGAGAAGGUCCAGUUUAUUCGUAAUGAAGGAGCGUCGGGUUUAGCUCGCCUCUCCAGCGACGCAGACUUGGUGAUUUUGCUUAGCUUGUUUGAAGAGGAAGUGAUGUCGUAUGUGCCACCUCAUGCCUUACUGCACCCCAGCUACUGUCAGUCACCUCGAGGGUCUCCGGUCCCCUCCCCUCAGAACUCUCCUGGUACACAGCGAGCCAACGCACGGGCCCCUGCACCAUACAAACGGGACUUUGAAGCCAAACUUCGGAAUUUCUAUCGCAAACUGGAGACUAAAGGCUACGGACAGGGUCCAGGCAAAGUCAAGUUGAUAAUCCGCAGGGAUCAUCUACUGGAGGACGCCUUCAAUCAGAUCAUGUGCUACUCUCGCAAAGAUCUACAGAGGAGUAAACUCUACGUCAGCUUUGUUGGAGAAGAGGGACUGGACUACAGUGGCCCGUCCCGAGAGUUUUUCUUUCUGGUGUCACGGGAGCUUUUUAACCCAUACUACGGCCUGUUUGAGUAUUCAGCCAAUGACACCUACACUGUCCAGAUCAGCCCCAUGUCUGCCUUCGUCGACAACCACCAUGAGUGGUUUCGGUUUAGUGGUCGUAUUCUGGGUCUCGCUCUUAUCCAUCAGUACCUGCUGGAUGCCUUCUUCACACGACCCUUCUACAAAGGCCUACUGCGAAUUCCGUGUGAUCUGAGCGAUCUGGAGUAUCUUGAUGAGGAGUUUCAUCAGAGUCUUCAGUGGAUGAAGGACAAUGACAUAGAGGACAUGCUGGACCUGACCUUCACCGUCAACGAGGAGGUUUUCGGACAGAUCACAGAGCGCGAGCUGAAGCCUGGCGGUGCAAAUAUCCCCGUGUCAGAGAAGAAUAAGAAGGAGUACAUCGAGCGCAUGGUGAAGUGGCGUAUAGAGCGCGGUGUCGUCCAACAGACGGAGAGCCUGGUGCGAGGCUUUUAUGAGGUUGUAGAUGCGCGGCUGGUGUCGGUGUUUGAUGCGCGGGAGCUGGAGCUGGUGAUCGCUGGGACGGCGGAGAUCGAUCUGGGAGACUGGAGGAACAACACCGAGUACAGAGGAGGUUACCAUGACAACCACAUCGUGAUUCGCUGGUUCUGGGCGGCAGUGGAGAGAUUCAACAACGAGCAGAGACUCAGACUGCUGCAAUUUGUGACAGGGACGUCCAGUAUCCCGUACGAGGGCUUCGCCUCUCUCAGGGGCAGCAACGGGCCGCGCCGCUUCUGUGUGGAGAAAUGGGGGAAAAUCACGUCUCUGCCCAGAGCUCACACAUGUUUCAAUCGUCUGGACCUCCCCCCGUACCCCUCGUUCUCCAUGCUGUACGAGAAGAUGCUGACGGCAGUGGAGGAAACCAGCACUUUCGGUUUGGAGUGAAUGUUGAUUUUUGCACUUUGAGCUGAUCAAAUAUCCUUAAUUUCCACGACCCGUCAGGAAGAGCAAAGGAGAAACACAGAAAACGAUCAGUGAGCUGGACUGGACUGAGAGAAGCGAGGAUGUUGUCUGAAUGUUUCUCAGACGCAAACAUUGAUGGGCUCUGGAUGAAUCGAGGAGGAUGUGACCAGCCAAAUGCAAAGCUGAGUGACUAACUGAUUCAAAUGAGGAACAAAACAAACCCAAAGGACUUUGAUAUUCUCACUCUCUUUUUAUCUGUAAAAAAAAGACUUUUCUACGGAGCAUCAAAAUGCAGCGUGAAUGAACAAAUACUGUGUUGUGAAAGCUUUUUCAGAUCGCCUCAAACACUAUCACACACGACAGCGCUGCCCUCUAUACUGAAUUGAAAUGUAUAUGUUCUCUCUUCUUUUUGUCAUAUUUAUACAUUAGUCUUUCUCAUAUGUUUGUUUUGACACCGUAUGCUGUCCAAGUAGCUGUCAUGUUAGAUAUGUGACACUUUUGAAUGAAUUGGGUUGUUUAUAUACUCUCACACGCAACGUUUUCAAAGGGCAUGUUACAACAUCAUGAAUGUGACCACUAUGUGCAAAUGAUAAAAAAAAAAAUCAACAAUAGAUGAUUUUUUGACUUUAUAGUCCAACCUUGGCCUUUCUGUUGUCCUCAGAUAACACGGUUUUAUUUCCGGUGACAUUUGAACAAAUAGAGCGGUCACAUACCCACUGAAAGAAGCUACAGAAACACUCAAAGUCAGACACUAUUUGUGUUACUAAUACUCUUCAUUGUGAUAUAAUAACGUUUUCUGAUUUAAAUGGAGUAAAAUAGCUUGCGUUGCCAUUUCAUGUUGACAUGUUGAUUAUUAUUUCCAUAUCCUUAUAUAGCUUUAGUGUGACAUUAAUGUUGCAGACGCAGCUUUCUUGAAUCUCCUUUUCAUUUUUCACUCUCUUCUGUUGAGUCACAGUGCUUUCUUGUAUGAUUUGAAACUGGAAUAUCAAGCCCGCAAAACCAUAUCAAUACAUUCCAGACUUUUCCAUUUGCGGUAAGUCAACCCAGCCUUUUACGAAACACUGCCGUGGCUGCGGGACGCUGGAUUGUACUCUGGUUCUGAAUGUUUUGUAAUCUGAAUUUUGUGUAAGGAGUUAAUAUCGCUUCCAGUGAAAACUGGUGUAGUUGAAACUGCCAUGGGGCUUUAUGAGCUCCAUCAACUUUUGGAAUGGCAAUGAAGACAAACACGAGCAUAUCAUCUUUGUCAGUUUGAUUAUGGCCGGUUAGAUCACUAAUACAAACCAGAUAGAUCUGCGUUUUUGUAUUAAGGUUUUACAGUGGCGUGCUGAUAUUUGUGCUGAAUGUACCAAAGGUUUAGGGCUGCCGUAGACUGUCCCGUCCACGUUUUGUUUGAUUAAAAAAAGGAAAACAUUUAUUAAAAAACAAUGAUGAUAAUAAAAGCCUUUUUUGGAUGCCCCAAUUGUUCCUCUUAAUUGGACUUUUUAGAGUAGCGUUUUCACGAUGAUGUUUUACACACAAUAUAAAAAGGUCUAUACAAUGAGGAAACAAUUACGCUUUCUGUUGUUUGAAGAUGCAAAUUGUUUAAUAUGUAUGUAUGGUUUAUCUGGAGAUUUAAUGGAGUAGUUCAGUUUCUGUUAUUUAUUCACCCUCGUGCCGUUCUAAAUGCAUUUCUUUUCUUUUUCUUUUGUGGAAUAGAAAAGGUAUUUCACAGAUUGUCCAGACGGAUACUGUGAAAGUGAAUAGAGACUGGGAGUGUAUAAAAGUCCAGUGUUUCUUGGAAGAAAGAAAAUCUUGUGGAUGAGGGUGAGUAAAUGAUGUCCGAAUUUCCAUUUUUUUGUGAACUGUUCCUUUAAAUGUUCCCUGCCUUUCUAAAGACUGAGAUCACACAUACGUUCUGGCUUUCUGCUGAUGUUCGUUACUAAAGCUUUCUGUACUACUUCGAGUUUGCACCGUUCACGUGCUCUGAAAACAUGUGACUGUUGAUUGGAUAACAGCUUUCAGAGCUCCACGUUUGGGUUUUUCUCUUUUUUGUUUCAGCACAGAUGAUUGUAUAAAGCUGUUUAUCUCACGGAAAAUGCUUCGGAGUCUUGAUUCCAUGUUCAGAUGGGUUAUUACUGUUUUUGGUCUUGUUUUGAUG